CCUAUACCUACCCCUCACCCACUAAGUCUGACUAGUUCAACUUAGUCCCAAAACUCGAACUCAAACGCUAAAAAAAACCGAGCCAGACUCUCCGAAAACUCCCUGCUCGACGUCAUCUCCAUAAUCCCCCGCGUCUGAUUGGCCCCACGGGGUCUCCGGGGGAUAAACUCGGGAUCUUCCAUCGAACUCUUUCCACCCCGCCCUCAAGACAUCCUCCACACAACGCUCAACGCUUUCUUCUUGAGCCUCUCAGACUAAGGGAAUUUACUCCGCCUUUGACCUUGUGAGAGGGGAAUCAGACCUUGGUGGACAACCCUGCGGGUUCAGCCUGUUAUUUAAUUCUCGCCCGCUGCUCUGGUACCGAGCAGAUCGAUAUCCGGUUCGAACUUCACCUCUUGCCUCUCUCUCUGCUUUUGCGAACCACCACCAUCGCUACCACUUCUUCCUCCACCGAUAUCGCCUCUUACCGCAAUCACAACAACAAGUCUACGAGCCACUGCCAUCUCUAGCUCAAUCAUGAGUACCAAUAGACCCUUCCUCGCCAACUUCCUGGCCGCCUUUCGCGCCCAGUCCACCAUCAAAACCGCCUCCCAACAAACAACAACAUCCUCCUCUCUCUCCUCAGCACAGAUCUCCACGGGCGCCCGAACAAUAGCCUCCAAAUCAGGCCAACACCAACACCAACACCAACACGCCUCAUCCUCACAACCCGCCCCCUCUUCCUCAACCUCAACAUCCGCCUCCGCCCUCCCAACUGUAUCAGCAUCAACUGCUCAAACCCAAGCACAACAAUACCACUCCCACCACUACCACACCACUGACCCCGCUACCUCUCAACCCCAAACUCCCUCGGCAACAUCAACCUCCACACCAAUCCCUAUCUCCCGCGGUCCAGACCGCCAACGCCGCGGCAGUGACUCGUCGUCCGGUUCGGGCGGGUUUAGGGAUGCCCUUGGCCCGGAGAAAUGGUAUAUCGGGGGACGGACGCCUGCUGGGGAGGAGAGGUUUUACCGGUUGGGGAUGGUCACGAAGGGGGGUGGGAGGCUUGGGGGCGGAGGGAGGGUGGGGAGCAUUGANUGGGGGGGGGAGCAGGAGAAAGUUGGGAAGAAAAAGAAAAUUCUAGAUGGAAAUCUGUGUUUGGAUUUAGAUGAGAUGAGUGUUUUGAUGGAAGACUGAAGGAUGGGCUUGAUGUUGGGAUGAUUUUCUAUGGCUUGGCUUGGACUGGAUUCCACGCAGGCGUUUGGGUAUGCAAUGAUUUGGGAAUGCGGCAAGAGUAUGAGCAAAAAUGAUACACGCAGAGCGUGGAGACUAGUUUCUCUAUUCUAUGAUUUGGAGUUAUGUUUUGUUUUAUAGAUGCUAGCUUGUGGAAUACUGGAUGUGGCAUGCGUCUUGUUAUAUCACUAUCAUUACGAUCAUCUUUGUGUUGGUGAUGAUACCCUGAAUACUUAUUCUGGUAGAUACAACUUCGAGUGAAGGAAG